UGUGUCCCUGCUUUCCAGAAAACCGCGCGUUCGGCAUCAUCACGCGCGCGGCCUCGCGGUCCCCUUUCCGAGCUCAUGGUGGCCAUGCUGCGUGAUGCUCGUGGGUCCCUGGAAGGUGCGCUGUGCUCUCUCUGAUCUUUUCCCCUCAUCCGCGUCUGCGCACUUCACAGGGUUUGCUUGACAGUACUACCGCGCACUGCUCACAAUGGCUUCGUCAAGUAGUCAAGCUGUGGCCGGGCCGUCGUCGACGGAACAGGAGAUCGACCGAGCCCUGGAAGACCUGGGUGAGGAUGCGUCGGAGAUUCUCGAGAUGCAGACGGCCGCGCAGGAGAUAUACCUGGAGUACUCGCGCCAGAUGUCGCAGGCCAUGUAUGGGUAUGCGCUGUUACCGACGCUGGACAUGUUCCAGACGGAGUGUAACUUGGUAAGUGUCCAUAAAACGUUCAGCACGCGGUCCCUGGACACUCAAAACGUCGACGCAUUGGUUGCGAACUUCAACACGAGUACGUACCAAAAUCUACUGCAUCCCCAUCGGGUUGAGGUUGCGAUUGCCGAGGAGGCGUUCGACUUCCCCGCGAACCAAGACUGGCACCAUCCCGAACAACUGCCGUGGGUGAAGCUCAAGCCACGGGAGCUCGGCGCGGGGGAGCACAGCGACGCGCCGCGAACACACGCCGCGUACACGCUCAUCGGGCAGCAUCGGAUCGAGGCGAGCAAGCAGAUGCUCCAGUCGUACGUGGAGACCAUGGCGAAAACCGAUGCGGAGCUCGCCGCGAUAGGAGAGAACAGUCCGAGGUCGAAGGGGUUGCGCACGAAGCGCGAAAAGCUGUACGACCGCCUUCGCAAGCACGGAUGCUGGCUAUGCGUCGUAUAUAAGUAUGGGUCGCUGGGCGACAGGAAAGCGGCGGAGUGGCAUGCACAGAACAAGUCGUAUCCGAGCAAGGGGGAGACGCCGGAGGAGCAAAUGCGCCAGAACAUGCGCGAAUUGUACAAAUGGCGAUCCACCGGGUCGGCCAAGGACUUGCUUCAGGCGCACAUCCGGCUAAGUACCAUCGUCCACAACAUCCGGCCACCAGGCACGUCCGGCAGCAUGCUGCAGACGGCCCUCACGCACAUGUACCGCAACCCCGCCAUCCGGCAUUUCCUGUGCUCACUCACGCCCAUCCUCGACGCCUCGCUCCCUCUGUACAACGAUGGGUCCGAUCCCACGAAAACGCGGGGGUUCGGGCGUCAUUACUACGACCGGUGCGCGCUGUUCGCCGUCAGCUCUUGGCGACGCGUGUUUGCGAAAGGAGGUGGGAUCACGCUCUUCGCGAUGAUGCGGAUGCAGUGGGUUAUGGGUGUCAUCGGCUCCAAGGAGUCUUUCCACGGCAUCAAAGAAGUCGAGGAGAUCUGCGACGAAUACGACAAGGCACGCGUGUCCAGGGAUAGGUACCUGCGAAUGAAGCAAGCCCCGCUCAACGCGUCCGAGAAUGCUGCAGCCGACCGGAAGACGGAACUCGCGAUGUACGCCGUCGCGCACGAUUUGGACGAGGUGGAUGGUGCGAUUUCGUCGACGGUCGCCCGGUCGGCCGACCGUCUUCAGCGCGAGUACACGCGCGGCGCGCAGUUGCCCAACUACGAGCUAUGGACCGACGAGAUGCUAGACACCGUCGACCAGUUCGCGACCGACCACCUCGUGGAUGCCGCCUCCCUCGGGGUGCGUUGCAAGCAGGGUUUCUCCAUGAUGAACCAAUACAGCUCUGCGCUCAUCAACCAGCUGCGGUUGAAGGCGGGGGGUGCGCUAGGUCAGGAGGACGAUGAUGAGGAUCUGCUGGCGACGGAAGGAGACCCGCAGACGCCUCGGAGCAAGAAACGCGCUUGGGCUAAGAAACGCGUCAAGGCGCACAAGAAGCAUAUGGAACAUGUCAUUGGCCGUCUCGCAUACGCGUACUACAACUGGACGGUGUUGGAUGAUGCUGAGUUCACGCCGGAGCUGCCGCUGUUGACGUGCCAUGCCAUCUCGCUGGUCGGCGCCCAGGUCGGGAUGUACUCGCGAGGGUGGGAACGGGUUGCGCACAUGUUCGAACCGACGGCGUACUCACCGCAUAUCAAUUCCAACGCGUCGGCGGCCACCAACACCAAGGACAAGGUUGAGGCAGACAAGACGCUCCAUGCGCUGAUGGCGACGGUCAAUACGCCGUACCUCAAGACUGGCUCGGUCCGGGACUUCACGCAGUCCGACAGCGUUCAUUGGGCACUUGCGCGCGAAUUCUUCGGCGAUAGACACACCUUCGUCGCGUUGCUCCAGGACUGCUCUGGUAGCCCGCCGGCAUCCGUCUCGAUGUUCCGUGCCCUGACGCGGGACUCGCUCAGGAUGACCUACAUGCCGCUCACGCAGGACGUCCCCACUGUGGUAUCCAAGGCGGCCAAGUUCACCGUGAAAGGCAACGGCAAGGGGAAGGGGAAGGCGAAGUCAGAGGAGAAGGCGCGCGCGGACUCCAGCGCCCUCGCGCAGGACCAUGACAACGCUGUGAAGCAAUUCGCGGUGUCGCCAGCAGGGACCGUCUUCCCCAAGCUGGACAUCAGGCAGCACGUCAAGAUGUUUUCGUCAAACCUCAGAUGCGUCACCGACGCCAUCGCGAUGAAGACACCUGACCUCCUCCAGGACACCGGUAUCAGUCUUGACACCCCCGCCAUGCGUGCGCUCAUGCACACGACAGCCAGCACGGCGGAGAAGAAGAGCGCCGCCCCCGCUGCGGCUGCCGGUAAGAAAGGGAACGCGUCUGCGGGCCCCGUCGCGGGAUUCACCGCUGACAUCGCUGAGGCGGACACCGUGGAGGGCGUGGGCAGCGUGACCGCUGCGGCUGUGCCCAAGGCUGCGACUCGCGUCUUGGUUCCAAUGGUUGUCUACUUGCUGAACGAGGUCGCCAUUGCGCAACUCCUGUACAACGACCCAGGGUCAAAGUGGUGGUCGAAGCCUAUCGGCGAGUUCCGCGAGAAGUAUCGUCUGCUCAUGGACUCCUUUAUCGACAGGAAUGGGUCUCCGGAUGCGAAACACGCCCACUUCCAGUGGUGGGACCUCGACAAGCCGAAGCCGGAGUGGGAUGCGCACCCUGUCCCGCAGUGGUACGUGGACGGCGAACCGAAUCCGCAGCUCCUUCUGUGGAAGAAAGGGCUGGACCAGAUGGGUCUCGUCCUUACCAAGCAGAAGAACGGUCCUGGCACCCCAUGGCAGAAGGGAAGCGGCGCGGCCGGUGGCAGCGGCGGCGACAAGCCUGGCGAUACGGCCGACAACGCCAUGGACGUUGACGAACUAGCGGACCCAUCAUCGUCGGCGCCAAAGGGAAAGGCGACUGGGAAGGCGAGACGAACGACGGCGGCCAGUCCUCCGAGUGCGCAGGCCGCGGAAGCCGAACAGGCAUUGACGAAGCUGAUGCAGUCGUUCCUGAAGCAUCGCUUUCUUUUGCCGCCCGAAAUGCAGGCCAAGAAGGGCAGGGGCAAGGGCAAGAGCACUGCGGCCGGCGUCGCCACCGUCGAUCAUGCUGCGAAGGUCGCGCUGACGCAGCUGUGGAACGUGUGCAAGUUCUUGAUCGCUCGCAACCACCAUCGCUCCGUUCAGCUCGAGAAACAGACCCCCGGUCAGUUCAAUGACGUCUCGACGUUCGAGGGCCACAGUUACAAGUGGCAGAACAUUGCCGACGCGCCCGACCUCACGUUCAGCAGUACUCUCGACGAGGACACUGAAUAUCCUUGGUGGGCCGAGCUCACCAACGACCUGUCGGGGGUGCCCGCUGGUGAUCUUGUGGGUGAUCUGCUGCAUGUUCUGGAGAGCAAAGGCCGCGAGUUCGCGCCGCACACGAAGCUCCGACACCCCGACUUUGCCGCGACUGCGUACGAAGCGGAUGAGGAGUCGGCAAGUCAUCGGCAAGUGCAGCGUAUGGAACGGUUGAAUGACCUCGUCGGCGACUCAGUCGACGACUGGAUCCAGCAGCUGCAGAAGCACACGGUUGAGGCCAACAUAGAGCGGAUAGUCAAGCACGCCCGCGAAAUGGACGUAUACGAGCCACUCCAGAGCCACCACGACCGUGCCAUGGAAAUCCUCGAACUGCUUGAAGACAGCGACGACCC